AUCCAACCAAACACCUCCUCCCCCUCCCCAGCGUCGGAGUCUCCGCCCCGCAUCGACUUGACUUGUCCCCAUUCCUCAGCUCCCCCACUCACCACCGAACCGAGCGGGAUGGCGGCGUCGGCGUCCAAGGAGGAGGUGAUCGGGAAGCUCAACGUCCGCGUGGUGCGGGGCAACAACCUGGCCAUCUGCGACCCGCUCACCCACACCAGCGACCCCUACGUCGUCCUCCAGUACGGCGGCCAGAAGGUGAAGACUAGUGUUCAGAAGAAGAAUCCCAAUCCAGUCUGGAACGAAGUGCUGCAGCUCUCAGUAACACAUCCUACAAAGCCAGUGCACCUUGAAGUUUUUGAUGAAGACAAAUUCACAGCAGAUGACAGCAUGGGUGUUGCUGAGAUCAACAUAACUGACAUAUACGAUGCUGCAAAGUUGAAUCUGAGCCAUGCCACUAAUGGAACAAGAAUCAAGACAAUCUAUCCGGUUGGCGUAAACUACCUUGGCGGUGAGAGUCAUGUUCAAUGGAAGGAUGGCAAGGUCGUCCAGGACAUGAUUCUGAAGCUGAAGAAGGUCGACAAUGGCCUGAUUGUGGUGCAGCUGGAGUGGGUUCAUGUUCCUGGUGUCAAGCUGUGAGCCAUGUCUGAGUGAGGGUUGCGAUGGCUGCUUUGAUGGAGCUGCAGUUGUUGUUGGUUCCUGGUUCGAGUGUGUCAUUGUAAACUAUAUCGUGGUCGUGGUGAUUUGCGGUGUAUGAGUGACUGUGUGUGCUGUUGGUUUGAGUGUGAUGUUUUAUUCGAGGUACUUCCUGGUUACAUGAUGUGGGUGUGAAGUUUGUGGUUCACCAAUAAGGAACGCCCUGUCUAUGUCAAGUGUAGUGAUAUGUAAAUUAAGAACUUGGCACUGAAAUAUAAGUGAUUUGGGCGUUAAUUGUUUUUCCUUAAAA